UCGGUGCGUUGGGAUUCCUCUCGCUCUCUAGACCCGUCUCUUUGGUAUUUCGAGAGGAUAAGCAUAGCAGAAAGGGCGCAUAUUUCUCUCUUCCGUCUUUCCUUUUCGGGCUUCCUUCCAGCUGCAUAGAAGUGGAUAUCCCAGUGCUUGUUUCCGUGAGGCCAAACGAAGCAGGUAGAGCGAAAGGAAGAAGAAGAUGACGGUUGCUUUGGUGUCUCGUCAAGGAAGGCAAUUGCAGCGCUACGACAGCUGCGGGAGCCGUCUUAUUGUCGGGUGCAUCCCGUACAGGGUCAAGACAAUGCCAUGUGACCCCGAUCAAGCUGUCGAGGUUCUUGUUAUUAGCUCCAGCAAGAAGAGACAAGAAAUUAUGUUCCCGAAGGGCGGUUGGGAACAGGAUGAAUCCAUAAUCCAAGCAGCUUAUCGGGAGACAUUUGAGGAAGCAGGUGUCUUAGGACAUCUUGAGGAUAGCCUUGGAAUAUGGAGAUAUAAGAGCAAAAGCCAUGAUAAGAUUCACGAGGCCGUCAUGUUCCCUUUGAAUGUUACCGAAGAACUGUACUGCUGGCCUGAGAAGGCUAUCCGAACACGGAAAUGGAUCAGUGUAGCGGAAGCAAUGGCGGAGUGCAAGCACUCGUGGAUGAAGGAAGCAUUAGCUAGAUUGGUGAAGCGUCUCUCGAGCGAGGAUUUGGAGAUGAUCCCGUGACUGCACCGACGCCAAACUCUAGCUUCGUGUACAUAAAACGAAAUGAGGCCAUCAUCGGAGCUCAAACCAUUUCAGGUGACCUCAAGUCUGAUGUACGAUAUGUGUGGGCAGAGAGAUUAGGAAAAGAGUGCAAAUGUGUGUUUUUCCUCUUCCGUAGGGAAGUAGAACAACUCCAAUUAAUUCGAUGAUGAAAUGAAGGUGAAAGUGUUCAUAAACCAA